AUGGCCUUCUCUUACCAGCACACUAAUCGCUCGCAAGCCCAGCCUUCAGGGGCUGCCCCCGGCUAUGGUAUGUUUGCCCCCGUUUUGUCUAGUAAUAAUGCAAACUCUGCUGCAUCGGUUGCUGCUCUGUUGAGCCAUACCCCCAUGUACGGGCUUGGCCAGCGUCGUCCGUCCUUUUUGCCUGGUAAGUCGGGCAUUUCUAUCCCUUCUUCUUCUACCUCUCACCAUCUCCGUACUUCAUCCAACUCUUCCAGUGGUGUUCCUGGUUCUGCUGCUGGUCCUUAUCUUUCACAGCAUAGGCUUCAACAACGCCUACCUGCUCCUGCACCUUCAAAUUAUUAUUGGCCUCCUUACCAGCAGUCCAUCCCUGCGGCCGGCCAACCUCAACGCUAUUUAGGUCCCGAGAAGUAUCCUUUGGCAUAUCAUCCUUCUGCCCAAAAUCCUGCUCUCGGAAACCCUUUAGUGUUGAACCCUUCUGGUCAAGUUCCUUAUUCUUCUUUAAUUCCUGGAUCCCGUGGGACUUAUUACGAUUCUUUAGCAAAUGCCGGUCCCGUUAACUGUUAUGCUGCUGGUGCUGCUGCUCAAGCCGGUAAUCCCGCUGCUUGCGCUAAUGCCCCUGCAGCAUUAGGCAACCGUUAUGACUCAAAUGUCUGCAACGUUGCUCCUCCUGUGGGACAUCGUAUGUCUCCUCAAUACCAGGCCGAAGACAGUGCUAUGGAUCAAGAUGAGCUUAGUUAUACAGGAGGUGUAUCUGCCAACUUGGAUUACAAGAUGGAUCAAAUGGUUGAGUAUCUUUCUAUCAUGACUUGCAAACUCUACGCUCGAUUUCUUAACAAUGCUCAAAUGCAUUCUCUAGCGAACUCUUUGCCGAGCCUUGUCUUUUCCUUCCGUAAAUUCGUUCUCCAAGUCUUGACUUCAACCCGUCUUCCUCGUGCCUCUUGCUUGUUGGCAUUGUCCUAUAUCUCUGAUCGCUUGGAUGCUGCGUCCCAGUCUUCUGAAUUUUUAAACCACUGGACAAAGGAGACUCCCUUUUUCCAAAUUUGCGCGUUACUUACAAGUGCUUUAAUCCUUGCUAACAAAUAUUUGGAUGACAACACUUUUACCAACCAAUCAUGGUCUCAAGUAACUGGAUUUAGAACCCAACUGUUAAACAAGUUCGAACAAGACUGGCUAGUAAGCAUGUCUUGGAACUUAAGCCCGGGUCCUCGUGGUCAGAAGGCUUGGGAAUGGUGGAGUGCUUCUUACGCAUUAUUUACUUCCUCUAAUAAUGGUAGUAUUAACAAUAAUCAUGAUCAAUCUCAAGGCGCUGGUCAAUUUGCUACUAACUCGCCAUCAGUGAAUCGUACCUGCUCGGAUUACAAUUACUAUUAUCCGUAUUCGCAGGUGGGAUACUUUCCAAUGUACACCCGCUAUGCUAUGACAUAA